UACGUGGACGCGACGGUCACGGGAGUCAUAUUGCCUUUACAAGGGUUGGCUUGGUACCACUGAGCAGCCCCGUCCGACUACACCUCCCCAUGGCUCCAAAGUGCGAGCCGCUCUGUUGUUUCGGUGACAGACUGUUCUUCACCACAUUCCCUCACCCGCCACCCACCCCUCACGCUCUCAACAACCAGUCCAAAGACCCGGAUAACAAACCUCGCGUGCGUUCAAAUGCCAGGGCUGGUCCAAGCGCCUCCCCAGACGACGACGUCACCUACUACUACUUCACUAUCGACGACCAAUUACUCUAUCUCUCCUUCUUUCAAGACUGGGGUCCACUGAAUCUUGCAAUGGUCUACAAGGCGUGCAUUCUCAUUCACGAACUACUAGAGGACAAGGAUCUCGCAUCACACCGUAUUGUCUUGUACUCUUCUGAUGACCCACGCAGGAAGGCCAACGCUGCGCUUUUAAUGGCCCUUUACGUCAUGAUCGUGCACCGGCGUACCCCUUGGGAUGCAUUCCAUCCCAUAGCAGAAAUAGAAUUCAUGCCCUUCCGUGACGCUGGUCGCGGUCCCUCGGAUUUCAAUCUCAACAUUCAGGACUGUCUGUGGGGAAUGUGGAAAGCAAUGCAACACGGCCUAUGUGAUAUGAAUGAGUUCAGCGUAGAGGAAUACGAGUUUUAUGAAAAAGUGGAGAACGGCGACUGGAAUUGGAUAACCCCCCAUUUCAUUGCAUUCGCAUCCCCCGUCGAUUCUAACUGGAUAAAGGUUCAGAAGGAAGCCAAGCUCGCCUCAUCAGAUUCCACUUCACCAUUACGUCCGAGCGCACCCCCGCGAUCCCCUUCACAGAAUCAUGCCCUGCAACGCAAGUUACCCACGCCCUUCCUCAAUUGCCUCGAUUACUUCGAGAAACGUGGCGUCAAACUGGUCGUCAGACUAAAUACCGAACUCUACGAUAAGCAACUCUUCCUAGAUCGGGGAAUCGGUCAUCAAGAACUGUAUUUCGACGAUGGUACAAAUCCGACAGACGAGAUCGUCCGAGCAUUUAUAGACAUGUCUGAUACCGUGGUGGAGAGCGGCGGUGUCAUUGCGGUACAUUGUAAAGCAGGUCUGGGACGGACAGGAACACUAAUCGGUGCCUAUCUCAUUUGGAAGUAUGGAUUCACGGCAUCGGAGGCCAUCGGCUUCAUGCGCAUCGUACGGCCAGGUAGCGUCGUUGGCCCCCAACAACAAUAUAUGUAUCUGAAACAGCUGGAGUGGGCGAAGUGGGCGGCCGUAGAUGAAAUGCGACGAAAUCAGGCUUCUUCAGCAGCAGCUCCUAUCGUUGCCCCUGCCACCCCACCUGCCGAACAGGACGAAGACAUAGAGGAGCUUACUAGGGUCACACCACAGAGAGCUGUCGACGACGUCCCAGCUGUUGCACUCCCUCCCGUCACUCCUAGCCGCCAUGUUACUGCUGCUGCUGCGAAAGCCCAAGCAAUCGCUCCUCCAGGACAGCCCCGGAAGACUCCCAUGGCGAAACGUGUGGCAGUAGACUCUGAUGAUGAAGCGGAUGAAGUUGACGAUGUUCUACCUGCGCUUGGUGCAGCACCACCGGCAACGCGCCAACGCGCCAAAACUACGAGUCGGCCGACAGGAGCCAGAGGGACGGCUUCUGAGCAGAGGCCCACCCGCAUCCUGCGUUCUGCCGGUGUCAAUGCACACCGGAAACCUGCUGUUCCGCCGCCGAAAGUUGUUCGGCCGCCCAACAAGAUACCAAGACUUGCAACUGCUACCUCAACGCGAAGCACUGCAGCUGCAGCUGCUCGAGGAGCCGGUGCGCCGUCAUCAAGGAGAGUACCCCAACCCCCACCCUCGCCAACCCCUUCGCGACUCCCAACUCUAGCAAAGCGUCAACAGAACGCGCCAAAUUCGCUGGCCGAAAUGGCAGCCGGAGGGAAAGCGAAGCAAACGUCUGAUACCUGGAUGACGACUGGUGCAUCCGCCGUCGUCGUGCCUGCUUCGAAAGCGACACAGCGACCUGGACCUCGGCCUGUCAGGCGCAGAAGGAGCAGUUUCAGCGCUGCUGACGUCGUUGCAUAGUUAAGAAUCUCUGUCAAAUUUGCUUUCAUGUGCAUGCUUUCCGUUUCUACAUUCAUUUAUGACUUGUUCCAUCCCUCCCUCUCUCUCCUCUCCCGAUGGAAUCUGCGGGUAUUUAAGAGAAUUCA